AUGAUCUAUCUAUCUAUCUAUCUAUCUAUCUAUCUCAUCUAUCUAUCUAUCUAUCUCAGUCUUCGUAUCUAUCUAUCUAGCCAUCCUAAUUCAUCCCAGUCUAUCUAUCUAUCUAUCUCACGAUAUAUCUAUCCAAUCUCUUCAUAUCUAUCUAUCUAUCUAUCUAUCUAUCUAUCUAUCUAUCUAUCUCAGUCUGUUCCUUAUCUAUCUAUCUAUCUAUCUAAUCCCUUCAUAUCUAUCUAUCUAGCUAGCGAUUUAUCUAUCAAAUCUCUUCAUAUCUAUCUAUCUAUCUAUCUAUCUAUCUAUCUAUCUAUCUAUCUCAGUCUGUUCCUUAUCUAUCUAUCUAUCUAUCUCAGUCUGUUCCUCAUCUAUCUAUCUAUCUAUUGUUACCACUCUGUAUGUAUGUAUGUAUGUAUGUAUCUAUCUAUCUAUCUAUCUAUCUAUCUAUCUAUCUAUCUCAGUCUCUUUUUAUCUAUCUAUCUAUCUAUCUAUCUAUCUAUCUAUCUAUCUAUCUCAGUCUGUUUCUUUCCUUAUCUUUUAUCUUUUUUCAUUUUAUGUUUUUUUAUCUUACAUGUUUUUUUGUUAACUAAAUUUAAUUUUCUUUCUUUCUUUCUUUAUCGCCAUCUGUUCUUUCUUUCUUUCUUUAUCCGUCUGUUCAUUUCUUUCUUUCUUUCUUUCUUUCUUUCUUUCUUUAUCGCGAUCUGUUGUUUCUUUCUUUUUUUAUCCGUCUGUUCAUUUCUUUCUUUCUUUCUUUCUUUCUUUCUUUCUUUCUUUCUUUAUCCGUCUGUUCAUUUCUUUCUUUCUUUCUUUCUUUCUUUUCUUCUUUCUUUCUUUCUUUCUUUCUUUUUCUUUAUCGCGAUCUGUUGUUUCUUUCUUUUUUUAUCCGUCUGUUCAUUUCUUUCUUUCUUUCUUUCUUUCUUUCUUUCUUUCUUUCUUUCUUUCUUUCUUUCUUUAUCGCGAUCUGUUGUUUCUUUCUUUUUUUAUCCGUCUGUUCAUUUCUUUCUUUCUUUCUUUCUUUAUCGCCCUCUGUUCUUUCUUUCUUUCUUUAUCCGUCUGUUCAUUUCUUUCUUUCUUUCUUUCUUUCUUUCUUUCUUUCUUUCUUUCUUUCUUUCUUUCUUUCUUUAUCGCGAUCUGUUGUUUCUUUCUUUUUUUAUCCGUCUGUUCAUUUCUUUCUUUCUUUCUUUCGUUUCUUUGUCGCGAUGUGCUGUUUAUUUUUUUUUUUAUCCGUCUGUUCAUUUCUUUCUUUCUCCGUCUGGGCAUUACUUUUUUCUUUCUUUCUUUCUUUCUUUCUUUCUUUCUUUCUUUCUUUCUUUCUUUCUUUCUUUCGCCUUUCUUUUCAUCUAUCUAUCUAUCUAUCUAUCUGUUCAUACCUCAGUUUAUUCUUAUCUAUCUAUAUAUCCAUUCCUAUCAGUUUUUCAUAUCUAUCUAUAUAUCCAUUCCUAUCAGUUUUUCAUAUCUAUCUAUCUAUCUAUCUAUGUAUCUAUCUAUCUAUCAGACUUCUGUUCAUCUUUCUCCCCAGACCAUUUAUAUCGAUCUCUCUAG